ACAAACUUUUCAAGAAUUGAAAAAAAAAAAAACAAAACAAAACUUCAGAGGGUCAAGUCUUUCGCCAUUUGCCAGCGGCCCGAUGAUUAAAUUUGCGCCUCUCAACAGCAAUCUCCAUAACCAAAAUCUGAUACAGGCAGUUACUGCUCACCGACCUUUUCAUCCUUAUUUCUUACCCACCUAACAUUUCUUAAUGAACUCUUCCACCUUUAAGUCUCCCACCUUUUUUUUCAUUCGUAUUUGUCAACCCCCUUUUGCCCCUUCUCGUUUAAUCACCACUCGGUCGCUUUCUGUUUGCUAUAAUCUUGGUAGGAGCAUCCGUAAGCUCCGUUUUCCACGUUCUCGGCUGUAUUCUAUAAUAAGUUCUCAUACCUUCAUGGAGGUGGUCAAGUCAACUGCGAAGCAUGGGUCAACUUUUUCUGAGAGUGUCGCUAUUAGAGCUAACCAGAAAAGUCACAGUUACGGUCAACUAAUAUCAUCUGCACUGAAGAUAUCUGCUCUAUUGACUAGCAGCGAUAUAAAAACUGAACAUGGGAAUCUUGGUGGAGCUAAAGUUGGAAUUGUGGCAAAACCAUCAGCUGAAUUUCUUGCUGGAGUGUUGGGGACUUGGCUAAGUGGAGGUGUUGCUGUUCCACUUGCACUCAGCUACCCAGAGGCUGAGCUCUUACACGUCUUGAAUGAUUCGGAGGUCUCCAUGAUACUGAGUACUGAAGAUCGUGGUGAAUUUAUGCAAAGUGUUGCUGCUAAAACUGCUGCAAAGUUCUCUCUUAUUCCACCAGUUCCUCAUAUUUCUUCAGAAAGAAAUCCUCAUGAACAACCAACAGAUAUAGAAGCAGAUGCAGAUAGAAUUUUUCAGGGGACGAUUGAGAAUUUGAGUGAUGAUCCUGCAUUGAUAAUUUAUACCAGCGGUACAACAGGUAAACCGAAAGGAGUCGUUCACACGCAUAAGAGUAUCACUUCACAGGUUCAGACCUUGUCAAAAGCUUGGGAAUAUACGUCAGCCGACCAAUUUCUGCAUUGUCUUCCCCUGCAUCAUGUUCAUGGGCUGUUCAAUGGCUUGUUGGCUCCUAUCUAUGCGGGUUCCACGGUCGAGUUUAUGCCAAAAUUUAGUGUCAGUGGCAUCUGGAAAAGGUGGCGGGAAUCAUAUCCAUCCAACAGUUCGAAAUCUGAUGAUGCUAUUACAGUUUUUACCGGGGUUCCGACCAUGUACGCUCGAUUGCUACAAGGUUACGAAGCAAUGGAUCCGGAGCUACAGGUCGCUUCUGCCUCUGCUGCGAAACAGUUGCGCCUUAUGAUGUGUGGCUCUUCUGCACUUCCCCCUCCAGUCAUGCAACAAUGGGAGGAUGUAACUGGACACAGACUUUUGGAACGAUACGGUAUGACCGAAUUUGUCAUGGCAAUUUCAAAUCCUUUAAAUGGUGAGAGAAAGGUUGGAACUGUUGGCAAACCCUUCCCUGGCGUCGAGGCCAAGAUUGUUGCAGAUGAUGAGAGUAGUAAUGAGGGUGAGCUAUGUAUUAGAAGUCCUUCGAUGUUUAAAGAAUAUUGGAAGCUUCCCGAGGUUACCAAAGAAUCGUUUUUAGAUGGUGGUUUCUUCAAGACCGGAGACGCUGCUAGACGUGAUGAAAAUGGUUAUUACAUCAUACUAGGACGCAUGAACGCUGAUAUCAUGAAAGUCGGGGGAUAUAAACUAUCAGCACUAGAGAUUGAAUCAGUGAUUUUGCAGCAUCCUUCUGUCAUAGAAUGUUGUGUGUUGGGAUUACCAGACAAAGACUAUGGAGAACGUGUGUGUGCAAUCAUUGUGCUUGAGCCUAACUUCAAAAGGACGCCGCCUGAUGACUCCAAGCCUGCUAUCACCUUACUUGAACUCCGCACAUGGGCCAGAGAUAAGCUUGCUCCUUACAAGUUACCGACCAAGUUACUGCUGUGGGAGUCGCUGCCUCGGAACGCCAUGGGAAAGGUCAACAAGAAAGCGUUGAAGAAUAAGCUGGCAGCAGAAGACUAACUGUUGGUGAUUAAAAGUGAGGCAUAAAUAUUUACUAUUAGUAUUAUUAGCAUUGAUUGUAGUUUCAGUAAUGUAAUAGCAUUCCCAGCCAACUGAAGAAGCAAGUUGGAAAAGUCACAAAUACCCCCCAUUCAUCUAUUGUGUCGUUCUUAAUCUUGUCACUAAAAGAGACACAAACUGUUCUAAAACGAAAAAUAAAUUUUCAUAUUUAUAGGUCAUAUUUAGUCA